AUGGCCGCCAUUUCCAACAAGAAGGACAAAGAAAUGGAAAACGAAAGAGUAAUGGAAGAUAAAGAAGAGCCAGAUCCAAACGAACCUGAUGCAAUGGACAAGCCAUAUUAUUUUGAGUCUGACCAUGCUGCUCUAAAGUGCAACCCUGACUACCACAACCUGUUGAAGACUCUUUGUUUACUUGAGGCGCAGCGUAUCCAUGCCAUCAAAGACAUUGAUCUACUUUAUGUGUGGCAGAAAGAGGCCCUGGAAAAUCCUCUGUUGUUUGUUGAGAAGUUGCAACAGGGGAAAGGAAUAAAUUUUCCCAGGCAGCAAGUUAUUGCUAAGUUACCAUCUAUCAACUGGGAAGCAUACACAUCCCGGAAAGAUAUAACUUCAUAUUAUGCACCUAAGCAUAUGACACGCAAGAAGAAGAACAUUUUGGACAGUUGCACUGUCAUCACUACAAAUGGAGAAGAGAAUUCUGAAGGAGGAUGGAAAUCUGAAUACUCUAACACUUCACGAAUAGUUGUUCGUGGUCGACUGAAAGAUGAAAAUAAACCAACAAGUUUUAAUCAGCUAUGGAGUAUCGAAGAACAAAAACGACUUGAAGAAUUAUUGGUAAAAUACCCACCAGAAGAAGUGGAAUCUCGACGUUGGCAGAAGAUUGCUGUGUGUCUUGGAAACCGUACAACUCAACAGGUUGCUAGCCGUGUCCAGAAAUACUUUAUAAAGUUAGCCAGAGCUGGUCUCCCUGUUCCUGGACGGACACCAAACCUUACUUCCUACACACGAAGAACUGGCCAUAGACAUCACCGUUUCAAUCGUUUCUAUCACCAAUCGACAUUCCUUCAAGCUCAUGAGCCUCCAGUUUACAUGUCAGAUGAUGAUGAUGAUAGCAGCAUGAGUGUUGGUGGUAGCAGCUCCAUGGAAGCUGAUGCUGGAUAUGGAGAAGAAAGUAAAGAUGUAUCAGAUGAAGAAAGCAUUCCACCAGAAUUAAGAGACAGUGAAGAAUAUGAAGAACUGAUGAAAUUAAAGAAAAUGAAAAUGACUCAGCUUUGUUCAACUUCAUCUGGAGCCAUGAAAUCUCCAAGUUUUAAAUGUGACAAUUGUCAGUGUACUCCAAUCACAAACACAAGAUGGCAGUGUAUAGACUGUCAGAAUGAAAAUGGAACUUCCAUUGAUCUUUGCAAUAAUUGUAUUGACAGCAACUUUGAAAAUUCCUUCCACAACAGCAGUCACAGAUUUCAGCCGGUCACCCCUCAAGGUUUUGUGGACAAUGAUUAUACUAAAUUCUCUACAGGGGAUUACAAUUACUUGGAUCCAAACUACAUGCCAGCAAACUGA